AGCGUACUCAGGCGCACCGGCUGGGAGCUCGCCGCGGAGCAAAGAUGGCGGCGGCAAUGUGCGUGGUGACGGCUGGAUCAAGACUCAGCGUUGUGGUGGGCGGUCUCCGCGGUGCGGUCCGCAGCCUGUGUAGCCAGCCCGUCUCGGUUAACGAGCGCAUCGAAAACAAGCGCAACGCCGCGUUUCUGGGAGGAGGCCAGCGUCGCAUCGACGCGCAGCAUAAACGAGGAAAGCUGACUGCCAGAGAGCGGAUCAGCCUCUUGCUGGACCCUGGCAGUUUUGUUGAGAGCGACAUGUUUGUGGAACACAGAUGUGCAGAUUUUGGAAUGGCUGCUGAUAAGAAUAAGUUUCCUGGAGACAGUGUGGUCACUGGACGGGGCCGAAUCAAUGGAAGAUUGGUUUAUGUCUUCAGUCAGGAUUUUACAGUUUUUGGAGGUAGUCUGUCUGGGGCACAUGCCCAAAAGAUCUGCAAAAUCAUGGACCAGGCCAUGACAGUGGGGGCUCCAGUGAUUGGACUGAAUGACUCUGGGGGAGCACGGAUCCAAGAGGGAGUAGAGUCUUUGGCUGGCUAUGCAGACAUUUUUCUGGUAAGAAACCUGUUAAUAGACACCUCCUACCUAUUCAUCACUGGCCCGGAUGUUGUGAAGUCUGUCACCAAUGAGGAUGUUACUCAGGAGGAGCUCGGUGGUGCCAGGACCCAUACCACCAUGUCAGGUGUUGCCCACAGAGCUUUUGAAAAUGAUGUUGAUGCCUUGUGUAAUCUCCGGGAGUUCUUCAACUAUCUGCCCCUCAGCAACCAGGACCCAGCUCCCAUCCGUGAAUGCCAUGAUCCCAGUGACCGUAUGGUUCCUGAGCUUGACACAAUUGUCCCCUUGGAAUCGACCAAAGCCUACAACAUGGUGGACAUCAUACACUCUGUUGUCGACGAGCGAGAAUUUUUUGAGAUCAUGCCCAAUUAUGCCAAGAACAUCAUUGUUGGUUUUGCAAGAAUGAACGGGAGGACUGUUGGAAUUGUUGGCAACCAACCUAAGGUGGCUUCAGGAUGUUUGGAUAUUAAUUCAUCUGUGAAAGGGGCUCGUUUUGUCCGAUUCUGUGAUGCAUUCAAUAUUCCACUCAUCACUUUUGUUGAUGUUCCUGGCUUUCUGCCUGGCACAGCACAGGAAUACGGGGGCAUCAUCCGUCAUGGAGCCAAGCUUCUCUACGCAUUUGCUGAAGCAACUGUGCCCAAAGUCACAGUCAUCACCAGGAAGGCCUAUGGUGGUGCCUAUGAUGUCAUGAGCUCCAAGCACCUUUGUGGUGACACCAACUAUGCCUGGCCUACAGCGGAGAUUGCAGUCAUGGGAGCAAAGGGGGCCGUGGAGAUCAUCUUCAAAGGGCAUGAGAAUGUGGAAGCAGCUCAGGCAGAGUAUAUUGAGAAGUUUGCCAACCCCUUUCCUGCCGCAGUGAGAGGAUUUGUGGAUGAUAUCAUCCAGCCUUCCUCCACACGAGCCCGAAUCUGCUCUGACCUGGAUGUCUUAGCCAGCAAGAAGGUACAGCACCCUUGGAGGAAACAUGCAAAUAUUCCAUUGUAAACCAAUCAAAGGAAAAUAAACCAAGAGCCAGUUACCGCCUGGCCAUUUGCACCCAUCUCUGCCUUUUGCAAUCAUGAAACCUGGAAAUCUAAAUAUCAGUAAUAACUUGAAAUGGCUGUUUAUUAAAUCCUAGGAAGAUUUCAUUUGUGCCUUACUGUAAAAUUAAUUGCUUUAUUAAAAAUUUGUUUAACUGGUA